CCCGUGAGAGCCAAUCAGCGCUCAGUACUGUGACCAAUCACAGGCAAGCUAAACACAGAUGCAGCAGAGGUAAACUAAUGUGUCAGCACAAACUUGAUUUAGUUAUCGGCUGACCUUCUGGAACAGAUUACGGCCGAUAACCGGGGGUCCACUGUAUAUGUGGGCCAGACUUCGCAGGUGGUCACAGUCUACACCGACCACAACCCUUUAAUUUAUCUCUAAAAUAUGAAGAAUCACAACACAAGAAUCAUGAGGUGGUCCCUCCGGCUGCACCCAUAUAAUAUCAGGACUGAGGAGAAAAAUGAGCAAUGUGUGGCUUUUCAAAUCAGGUGAAAAGAGUGAUAUGCAUUACACCAACACACUUACUCAAUCUGGAUUCUCACCAGUGCAUAUUCCUGUCCUUUGCUUCCAGUUCUGUAAUCAAGGCCCUUUGAAGACAUCACUACAGAACCCCCAAGAUUACAGUGGAAUUAUCUUCACAAGCCAAAGAGCAGUAGAAGCAGUUGCUGAGGUAUAUUUAAAUUUGGCUGUUAGAUGCCAUGCUUCAUGGGAUGAGAAAAAAAUAUUUGUUGUUGGUGAAGCUACUGGAAAAGCUGUUCAAAACUUAUUAAAGCUCACAUGCAUAGGACAAGAGUCAGGAAAUGCACAACAGCUCAUUCCAAUCAUAAUUAGGGAGACAAAAGCAUUUGAUAAACCUCUCUUGUACCCUUGUGGCAAUUUAGGGAAGGAUGAGCUACCCAGGCUACUUGUUAAUUAUGAUAGAGAUUUCAAGGCACUUACCAUCUAUGAAACAUCACAGCAUGCACAACUGAAGUAUACCAUACAGAAGCUCAUCAAUGCUGGUCAGAAGCCUACUUAUAUGGUAUUUUUCAGUCCAUCUGGUGUAAAUUUUGCCUUGCCUAUCCUUCAAUCUUUGAAUGUAGAUGUGACAGGCAUAAAAAUAAUUGCAAUAGGCCCAACAACCAAUACUGCCUUGGUGCAACAAAAUAUUCCAGUGUCAGGAGUGUGUCCUACCCCAACUCCUGAAGGCCUAAUACAUAUUUUGAAAAGUCCACUUUGAGCAGUACACUUGAUUCAAGAUUUGUUAAUUGUAAUAUACAUUUUGAUGGGGGAGGGGAAAAUGCUAACCCAUAGGGGUCAUUCAAUUUUUAGGGCAAGGCAAGGCAAGGUUUGAUCCCGUGACAAGAAAUGUUAUGUCAGAUUCUUAAGAUUAAUAGCCUGUCACCAGCAUCAAGGAACUUUUCUCAAGAGGUAGUAAUUAAUAUAAAAAGAGCUAAACCCAUAAGGGUCAUACAGCACCUUGAGAGGUAGUGAACUUGUAUAAAUGUGCAUGAUUCACAAGGUAACUGAGUUCAUGACUGUCAAUUACCAUUUUUACAUUAAAAAAAAAAUUCAUCUUA